AUGAUGUUUGAUCCGCCCCCCGUUGAGCUUCCUAGCUCAUAUGGAACUGUUGCCACAACCGGUCAUGUCAAAGUCUCUCAUCAUCCAGCUGGAGCUUCAUCCGUGACUCCUGUCAUCAUCGUGACAUUGAAUCGCCCCACGAAAAACAAUGCGUUCACGUCGCAAAUGGUGCAAGAUUUCGAAAAGCUCUACGCAAUGUUCGACGUCGAUGAACGUGUGAAGGUGAUCGUCUUGACAGGUGCUGGCAGAACCUUUUGUGCCGGAGCAGACCUGGAACUUGGAUUCAGCAGCACUCAAGAGCGUCCAGCAGAGCAUCGCGAUGGUGGUGGUCGGGUAGCACUAGCGAUCCAUCGCUGCCGCAAGCCCACGAUUGCGGCAAUGCAAGGGUCUGCCGUUGGAGUGGGCAUGACCAUGACACUCCCAGCGAUUAUACGCGUUGCCUACGAAAAAGGCAAGUAUGGCUUCGUGUUCGGUCGCCGCGGUAUCGUCAUGGAGUCCUGCUCUUCCUAUUUUCUCCCCCGUCUUGUCGGGUUCAGCAAUGCUAGCUACCUAGUGAGCAUCGGCGCAGUGUUCCCACCCAGCUCCAAACACUUUGGCGACUUGUUCAAUGAAGUUAUCGCAGAGUCUUCUCAGGUGCUGCCUCGAGCGCUUGAGAUAGCCUCCGAGAUAGCAGAGAAUGUCAGUCCAACAUCCCAAUAUCUUAACCGGGCAUUGAUGUGGCGGAACCCGGGGACGCCAGAGGAGGCUCACUUGUUGGAAUCCGCUGUGAUCUGCCAAAUUUUUGGAACGGCGGACCAGAAUGAAGGAGUCAGCUCCUUUUUUGAGAAGCGAAAGCCUACAUUCAGUGCUAACCUGGAUGACAAUCCGCCGAGUAAUGUGCCCUGGUGGACUGAAGUUGACACUGGAAGAAACCCCAAGGCAAAGAAGCAGCUAUCCAAGCUAUGA